AAAACGCUUCGGUACACGAAGCCGUUCGCAUACAUUAGGGCAACCAUAUAGAAACGCGUAUUUAAGAGAGGCACUCGUAAAAGUUGAACUUAUUCAACUUGACUCCGGUGUUUUACUCGAAACUCUUCUCGCCACCCUCCCCGUCGACGUUACGUACGCAGCCGUGGCGUGCCUGCAAGCCAAAUAACAUGGAGUCCUCUGCCUGGCAUCUUCCAGGGAUCCAUGCAAAAAGCCCGAGCAGCGAUUAAAAGAGCAAGUUUGUCCAUGGGAGCAGUGAAAGCCUCUGGUGAGCAUCGUUUCGGGGCGUAAAAGCUUCAGCUCCGACCUGAAAGUAUGACGAACGGUGAUUAAACAGCCAGCCUUUCUCUGCGAUCCGCAAACCAGGCCGAUUUCAAAGAAGAGGAGACUGCACAAUGUAGGCAGGGUUUCCAUACUGUUCUCUGGGGGACCAUGGAGCCACAGGGGCAAAACCUCACCCCAGGGACCAGCUAUGGGCCCCCAGCCUUUAACUCAGCAGAAAAUGAUGUCACACCCACCUUCCUCACCUGCACCUUACAGUCCUCACGUUCUCCACAUGUGAGAGAUGGCCUGAUGUCUGCCAGAGACUCGUGGGGCCACGCUGGAGAUGAGGGCUCCAAGCAGACUGAGGGCACUCAGCCCAGUGCAGACCCAGGGAGGAGUGCACAGAGGAGAUUCAGGUCCUCAGCCUUUCCUUCCUCCCUGAGCUGGGACUCUGACUCUGAGAAAGAAACACUAGAUGAGGAGGAGCUACAGCACUUUUCUAACCCUCAUGGUCUGGCUGCACACAGCCCAGGAUCUCCUUCUUCUGGACUCAGACUUGAUAGUGAGGAUGACCAGCAACCUGAAAAACUGCAGCACUUGCAUAGCGAGACUAACUCGCCUGCCCCUGUGGAAGGGCGUGAUGACAACAAUGAGAGCACAAAAACCGAAGAGCCAAAUAGAUCUCAGCUUGGUCCAACAGAAUUGGCAGACAGCAAAGUCUGGAAUGUAUCAGAGGAAGCUGAGCUGUUUCUGGACAAAGUAAAACCAAAGGACGGUUGCCAAAUGGAGGAGGAGGCAGACAAUAGUGAGGGAGAGAAAAUGCCCAAGGGGAAAGACACGAAGGAGCCUGAGAGAGAUGUGUAUAGCUUCCCUGGAGAUUCAGACCCUGAGAGUCCCCCUCCUGCCCCCUGGGCUCAUUGCACAUUCAUUCAGCGAUGCAGAAAGAAAAGGGUGCUGCUGAGGCCCUUCUCUGGACUUGGCACCUUGAAGCGCACAUUGCCUGAACCUGGCAAGCGGGCAAGAGUGAGUCCUCAAAAAUCAAAACCUGCUGAGCCUGCACAUCUGAAUCAAGGUGGAGGGGUUUACGAUUUUGAAGAAGUUAAUUUUGGAGAUGGAGCGGUUGAAGAACCAAUAAAGUUCAGAGAGAGAGGAGGGAAAAGAGACAAAGAGGGAGAUAGUGAGGUAGUGCCAGGUAAAGAAAUCUUCACCUGUGUGGAAUGCAGCAUUUACUUCAAAAAGCAGGUCCACCUGCAAGAGCACAUACAUGAACACUGUCAAAGUGGUGCAGGGGGUGGCAGGCAUUUAGGAAAGGGUGGACGCUUUAAGUGUGUCGAAUGUGGAUGGAACCUGCCAAAUCGACUCACACUGGCUGACCACCACAGAAGGCACCAGGAGUCCCGUCUGAAGAUCUUGGAGGAGAUCGAGAAACUGAAUGAAAAUGGGAAGGCAAGAGACAUUCAGAAUCUCGACGGUAAGGUCGUGAAACAUAUAAGCCUAGACCACGCUGUUAUGCAAGAUGAAAGUGCAGCCUCGAUUCCAGGCAAAGAGUCAUACCCAGAAAUAGUCACAUCUCCACCUCUUUCCCCAGCCCAGAUUACAACAGCAGACACAGACCCAGCAGUUCUUGAGUCAGAGACAACUCCUCCAAAUUCAGUUCGAACUCUAGCUCAAGCCAGAGCAGUUUCUGCCUGCCGCCGCCGCUUUGUCUGCACCAAGUGUAACUUCAGCACAAGAACCUCCCAGGCACUGGCUAAUCACUCUAAGACACACAGUAGGAAAAAAAACACCAAUCAAGCCGAUUCCCCAUCCCCUGGUUCACCAUCAUGUUUGGCAUCCCUAGCCUGUGGCCAUUGUGCCUUCCUUACCUCAAGUCAGACUGUAAUGAGGGAACACCAAAAACUUGUUCAUCCAGGACGGGUCUCCAUCAGUGGGGCGCUGGCUGAUGAGACUGGCCAGCAUUCGAGGUCUAAAAGCCGACAAGGGGUCACUGCCCCCGAUGACCCCACAACACCAGAAAGAGCUGUAGCUCGGCCCACAAGCCAGGCAGUCGUCAAGUGUGUUGGGAACAGGAGGUUCAGUGGAAGAGGGAGGACUUGGACUAAUCUGACUAAGUUUCAUCCCAGGUUAGAUGAUGACGAGCUGUCCGGGAGUGAAGGUGAUGGAGAGCCGGACGAAGAUCAGAGCACAGAGCUUGACACUGAGUGUUCCCAACAAGAGGCCAACUCACCUGCUGGAGUGAAGCCACACACCAGAGCACGUUCAAACACAGAUGACUGUUCAGCACAGCAGAGUGCUACAUUAUCGCUCCCUUCUAAGAAAAGUGUGAAGGACGAAGACAAGCUGGAAGUGGAGAAAGAUGGAAAGGUUUUCUUUUUGAGGAGGAGCAACCGGGUUACUGCUGCUCCUGCAGAAGUUGACAGUGAUGAUGAUGAUGACGACAUUGACGAGGAACAUGUGCGACGUUUCCUGUCAGAGGGCAUCUUGGAUGAAGACAACGAUGGGAUUGAUGAUGAUGCAGAGGCACUCAAGAGUGUGGAGAGGAAAUGCCCCUACUGCCCCGAUCGAUUUCAUAAUGGCAUUGGACUUGCCAAUCACGUGAGAGGCCACCUGAACCGAGUAGGCGUAAGCUACAAUGUGCGUCACUUCAUAUCCCCUGAGGAAGUCAAUGCAAUUGAGAAGAAGUUCUCCUAUCAGAAAAAGAAAAAAAAAGUUGCUAACUUUGACCCAGAUACAUUCAGUGUGAUGCACUGUGAGUUCUGUAGCGCUGGCUUCGACACCCGGGCCGGCCUGUCCAGCCAUGCCCGGGCCCACCUCCGUGACUUUGGCAUCACCAACUGGGAUGUUACCAUCUCGCCAAUCCACAUCCUGAGGGAGUUGUUCUCCAGCAGGCCCGACCUUGUAAUCCCCACAGCUCCCCCUCGGAGCCCUGGCUCUUCACUGGAGGAGGGUGAGGAGGAAGAGGAGAAGAAAAUAGGGGAGGAAGGGGAGGGAAUCAUUGAGGUAAAGCUAGAGGGGGAGACAAGUGAAAGGACGCUGAGUGCCACCGCUUCUGAUGCACAGCCUUCAGCAUCUCCUCAACACUUCAAGAAUGCUGACAGUGUAGGGGAGUGUGAAGGUGAGGAGGAGGAAGCAGCUGAGGAUGACGAUGAGGAGGAACUGCAGCCUCCAGCUUUGGACGGACUGAGCCCGAUCCCUGGGAAAACAGGGCUGUGCAGCGUGGACACAGAUAGCCUCUCUCCAAGGGAGGAUGCAGACUCCAAGGUUCACAACUUGAAGUGUGAGGUGUGCGGAGCUCAGUUUGAGACCAGGCGGGGACUGUCCAGCCACGCCCGCUCUCACUUGCGCCAGCUUGGCAUCAGCUUUUCAGAGAGCAGCGGCGCACCCAUCGACCUGCUCUACCAAAUUUCCAAGGAGCGUGACAUAGACACCCGAAUAAGCUCACCUCCUCUGGAGCCCCUUACAGCCAAGAACUCCUCCUCGUCUGUUCCUCAGAAAGAUGAGGAAUUAGAAGACAUGGACUUAGACGAGAAACCCAUUCCUCUCUCCAUCCUGGCCAAAGCAGCAAAAGCAGUACCACCCUCUUCCUCUUCCACACCCACAGCUUCUCCUGGUGCCUCUCCGGCUCCGCCUCAUUCUGGCUCACCCUCCUCAGUGGUGAGGAAAGCCCCCAUUUCUUCUCUACUGCCCGUGUCUUCCCCCUUGCGCUCCCCAGAGCACAAGGCUGGGGGAAUGAAAAGCUUGACCUCUAACCUUUCUGCUCCGGCUACCAUCACAGCAGCCAAACCCCUGUGGGCACCGCAGGAGAAUGACGCUCCUCUCAACCUCACACUGGAGGUGGACCCCAACAAGGACAUUGUUUGUCAGUUGUGUGGUGCCUGGUUCGAAACUCGGAAAGGCCUGUCCAGCCAUGCACGAGCCCACCUGCGGCACUUUGGGGUGGAGUACUCCGAAUCCAAGGGCUCUCCCAUUGACCUCCUGAACCAGCUCAUUGAUACUGACGAGUUCAAGCACAAAGUCAGUACACUGCAGCUUGACAGCCACCCAGAACCACGGGGCCUCGCUACCACCAUCUCCUCCCCAAAGCAGUCCUCCUUGCUGAGCCUCUCCUCCUCCUCUUCCUCCUCUUCUUCAUCUCUCCUCUAUAAGGUCACCACAGCUAGGGGUGGGUCGACAUCCAAAGCUACCUCUUCCUCUGCCUCAUCUUUAUUUGGCCCACCUGCCAAGCGUCUCAAGUCUUCUUCCAUGCGGGUCUUCCGCCUGAGUAGUGGCGAGCUCAUGGCCCUUCCACACAGUGAACCUCCAAAGGAAAUAGGCUGUGAGUUCUGCGGGGAAUAUUUUGAGAACCGUAAAGGUCUUUCCAGCCACGCCCGCUCUCACCUGCGCCAAAUGGGCAUUACUGAGUGGUCUGUCAACGGCUCGCCAAUUGACACCCUGAGGGAGAUCAUCACAAGACGGGGUCUGCCUUGUGCUCUUCCACUAAAACCUCUCAAAACUCCACCUCCGUCCUCUCCGGGACCCCCUCGAUCGCCUCUGUCGACCUCCUCCUCUCCCUCAGCUACCCUCCUGAGUCGUCUACCUUUUGCCUUUGCCCGCCCCUCCAGUCCUCCUCAGACAGCUGUGUCUAAAUCAAGCUCAGCACCACCAACGUCCUCUGGUGGGCUGAUCCUUAAGCUGAAGCCUGAGCCGGUGCAGCUGGAGGUCACCACGCCUGCGGCUGUGGGAAGAAAUGAUGGCUUCUCUGGUGAACCACUCAACUGGAGCAGCUCUGACAGUGUGUUCCCCCUCAACUUAGCCAUGGCUCAUGAAGCGGAGCCUACAAGAGAUAUUCGUUGCGAGUUCUGCGGGGAAUAUUUUGAGAACCGCAAAGGCCUCUCCAGCCACGCCCGCUCCCACCUUCGCCAGAUGGGCAUCACUGAGUGGUCCGUCAACGGCUCGCCAAUUGACACCCUGAGGGAGGUAAUGCACAAGAAAGGGGUAGGCGCUUCCUCUAACUCAGACCAGGGAGUGAAGAGGGAGUCGAGCCAGGGAACCAACAGUCCCCGAUGGGAGAGCACAGGGGGCACUUCAGAGGGUUUGGGUGUUUCAGGCUACCAGUCCUCCAAGUUCCGCAAAUCUCCUCUCAGUUUGCUGCAAUCAGGCUCGAGGCUCCACAAGCAGGGCCUGGGGUCUGUGGGCACGUCUGCUACCCCACCUGCAGGGAAGUUCUUCAGGAUGUCCCCACUGGGGAAAAGGCCUCUUUCUGAGGAGGCCCAGUCAGUGGAGACCGACCACUCCCCGCCACAUCAGCUAAAGACUUUCUCCCCUCUGCCACACGAUUUCUCCUUCAAAAGAAAACCCUCGCCAGACAAGCACGGACACCAGGAUCCUAGUUGUGAGCUGUGUGGCUUCUUCUUUGAGAACCGUAAGGCACUGGCCAGCCAUGCGCGAGCCCACCUGAGGCAGUUUGGUGUGACUGAGUGGAGUGUAAAUGGCUCCCCCAUCGAGACGCUUAGCGCCUGGAUGCGCAGCAGGCCGCAGAAGGUGUUGGAGAUGCACCGUAGCUACAUGCAGGGUAACCGAUCCACCCUCAAGAAGAAGAGCAGCUCACCUCUCUCUGCGUCAAUGGAUUCUGACCAUAUCCUUCCCAUAUCAUCGCAGAAGGCCUCCUCUUCGUCCUCCUCCUCCUCCUCCUCCUCCUCCCAGUGGUCAUCGUCUUUGGCUGUGAGCCUGGCGCGACCACAGAGCCGCGAGGUGAGCCAGGGCUCUUCCAGGGCCGCUGAGUGUGAAGCUGGUACCAAUCAACUGACCGCACCCAUCAGGCCUGGCCGCAGCAGUCCCAGCCUCUCGCGGCUCGCUGGCGGCCUCCCGCUUCAAGCACAGGUGGCACGCAGUGAGCUUAAUGUCCGCCUGCCCAGAGGUUUUGAGCGUCGGCCCUUGAAGCACCCAUCUUGCCCAGAUGGACCAGAGAGGGACAGCGGCCCCCCUAAGCCGCCCCGCACAGGCACCGUCCCCGCCCUGGUGCCCAAACCUCCCUCUUACCCACUGGUCAAACUGGUGGGCAAGUUCUACACCCUGAAGUGCCGGUUCUGCGAGGUGGAGUUUCAUGGUCCGCUGUCGGUGCAGGAGGACUGGAUCAGACACCUGCAGCAGCACAUUCUCAAGAUGAACUACAACAAGCCCGCUGCUCCCAAAGCAGCCUCUGCUGGACCCCCUGCCGUAGCUGAUGACCCAGCCCUAGUCCAGGCCUCUGCCGCAGCCUCCACCUCUACCUCCAGUACCACCUCCACCACACCUGCCCGCACUACAGCUCCCAACAGCCGCUCCCCUACCCCUCCGGCCGAGCGUGCUUCCCCUCUCACUGCCACAGAGAUCGUAAAGGUCUCAGAGGAGCAACCCACCCCGUCUCCAGCUUCUAUUGUGCUCCCCACCCAGACAGUGUAAGCUCAGAUUCAUCACUGUCAAUUGACUUUUUUUUCCCCUGCCUUUGCAGUUUCUUUUCGUCCAUUCAUUUCUUUCCUUUGGCCUUCACAAAGUGUUUGAGGACGCGUGUCUCCCCACCAAAGAGCCCUCGGAGCACCUUUGAAGCAGCUUUCUAGACUGUUACCAUGGGAACGAAGCUCUCCUGGUUGUGCACCGGGGAUGGCUGAUAGUGGGAAGUGGCCAAGGUUAUAGGGAGAGAUGAACCAAUGUUUUUGUGUUUGCCUUGUUCAUAUUGAAUGUCCAGGUGAUGACGUGGACCAUUUCUGUAUCUCUCUUCCCAUUCACUGGGCAGUGUAAGGGUUAAUGUUGGCCUUUCACAAACUUCAACCCCCCCCCCCUUAUGAACAGUGCGUUACUGAGACCUGUGAGACUUUGACCAUCGCUAUCAGCAUGCUGGUAGCUUUGGCCUAAGCCUCUCACCUAAAGAUCCUGACUGAGAUUCAAUGACAUUUUUAAUCAUGCUAGUCUUGUGGUUGAGACUUCAAACAUGUGGUAACACUUAGUGUUAAAAGAGGCACUUUUAAUGUUGACAUUGUCACUGAGCACUUACUGACAAGCCCAUUUAAAUGGGUGGAAUCUGACAAAGACUAAUUCUGAUUGGUAAAAGGAGAAAGAAGUGGAAGCACACCCAAAAAGGGAAAAUCCCCCUAGUUUACAAACUAACUAUAAUGUAAUAUGUAAUGAUCCCAAAAUAAACAUUUUGCUUGAAUGUAGCUUAAAGCACCUAUUAAUACCAUUUCUGCACACCUUCAUACACAAUCGAACAUAAGCCCCAUGUUACUGUACUAUUGAUCGUUUUAGCUUUCAUGAUGUUACUACUCAACAGUCUGCUGUUGUGUUGAUGGCACAGUCUCUUUUUAAUCUCCCUCUCUGAAUUGGACAAGCAGGGCCAUCGAAAAACCUUCAAUGUUACAUAUUUCAAGUCGCUCCAUUCGUAGUGUUGCCAUUUUCUUCCUGCCUUUUUCAACUCCAAAUUUUAUUUAUUUAUUAUUAUGCAUCUGAAUGUGGUAAGCUAGGUCAUUUUAAAGCUAAGGUAGAACUUUGGAAUGUUUGAAAUUAGGUCAGUGGUGCACUUUUACACUGGUGCACGGUGUAUGCGUGCGUGCGUGUGUGUGUGUGCGUGUGUUAGUUCGUAUGUUCGUGUACAUACAUAGCUAAUGUGCAUUUGUUUCCCAUUUUAAAGAGACAGACAGAAGUAAACCUGCUUGAUAGGAAGACACCUCAGCUCAAUGUGAACUCAAUGUGGGAGCCUGUCUGUAGGUAGUCUGACCAGGACUGAUCUGCAUCCGUCAUCAUGUAAGGAUGUGCCAAAGAGUCUGUUUACUUCCUUGUCUUGCCUCUGUAAAAGCUGUUUACAUUGGACCUGUUGGUGGAGGAAACUCCACACAGCUAUCGAGUCCCCCUGGGCUCCACACUGAACAAUGGACUUAACCAGUGGUGAUCUGCGUCCACAACACACACCGCCGAGUUUCCCACAAUUUGGAAGAGUCCUGGAAUGGCUUUGUGGGACUCAUGUCGUUUCUGUAUGGUUAGAUUAUUCCACUUAAACAGGAACACAAACCAAACUCAUUAUGAUGUAGGGCUUUCGAGAACUGCUGGCCCUCAGUCCAAACACAGAAACAUGUCUGACCUUGCGCUCUUGAAGCUCAAGUGUGUUUCUUUCUACGUUGCUUCAGAAUGUGUUCAUAUCAACCCACAACUGAAGCAAUAACUAAAGGGGCCAUGUAGGCUGACGGCCUUUUAAAGUUUGUUCCAGUGUUGCCCAUGUUUGAAACAUGACUGUUUGAUCCAAACGAUACCCAAACCCUUUUAUGGAGUAUAGAUACAUACUAUAUAACUACAUGUACUUAAGAAACUGUUGAUGCUAGUAGAGCUAUCAGCAGUUCUAUUAGCAAGGUAGUUAAAAAAAAAUAAGUGAUCUUAAUUCCUCUAUCGUGAUUUGAUUUAAACCUUUGAUGCUAUGUAUUUUUUAUUGCUCUGUGCAUUUCUGUAUUUGCAGUCCUGCAAGGUGAAUCUUAGAGUAUUUUUUAUUUUUAUCCGUUAGUCUCUCCAAGCUGAAACUUUGGUGCUGGUGAGAAUGUUGUAGGUUGGGGUGCUGGUGAAUGACUGAUCGUGAAGACGACAUUUUAGUGUGGUUGUCAGGUCCUGGUAUCAAAGGACUCUACUAAGCAGGCCUUAAAGGGGACCACUUUGCAUGGUGAGAUAUGAUCUUCUCUGCAUUCACAGGGUAAGACAGUUAAGUCCAUAUAUAUAUUUGGACAAGUGUAAGUUUUUUGGCAUUUGGCCUCUGUACACCAAUACACUGUAUUUGUAAUGAAACAUGCAAGAUGUAAGCAAGCUUUAUUUUAAGAGGUCUGACAAAAGUGUGACAUUAAACAUUUAGGUGGCUCUUAAAUGAUGGGACAUGCUAACAUAAUUACAAAUGUAAGGAUGUUUGGAUGAAAAUCCUUUGCAGUCAGUGACUGAAUGCCUGAAGUCUGGAACCCAUGGACAUGACCAAAUGCUGAGUUUCCUCCUUUGAGAUGCUUUGCCAGGCCUUUACUGCAGCUGCCUUCAGCUGUUGCUUGUUUCUUGUUCUUUCUUCCUUCAGUCUUGGAUCAUCUGAGUGAAAAACAGGCUCUAUUGGAUUGACAUCAGGUGACUGACUUGGCCAGUGUAGAAUAUCCCAUUUCUUUGUCUUGAGAAAGUUUUGGGUUGCCUUUGCUGUAUGUUUAGGGUCAUCAUCCAUCUGCAAUAUGAAGCGAUGUCCUAUCAGUUGACAUCAUUUGGUAGAAUCCGAGCAGACAGUUUAGCCCUAAACACUUCAGAAUUCAUCCUGCUACUUUUAUCAGCAGUCAGCUCAUCAGUAAACACCAGUGACCCAGUUCCAUUGGCAGCCAUACAUGCCCAUGCCAUAGCACUGCAGCCGCCAUGUUCGAUACAUGAUGUGAUAUGCUUCAGAUCGUGAGCUGUUCCUUUCCUACUUUUCUCUUCCCAUCGUUCUGGUACAAGUUAAUCUUGGUUUCAUCAGUCCAAAGAAUCUUACUGCAGAACUGGGCAGGCUUUUUUAGGUGUUUUCUGGCAAAGUCUAAUGUGGCCUUUCUGUUGUUGAGCGUUAGCAGUGGUUUGCACCUUGUUGGGAAGCCUCUGUAUUCACAUGAAACCAUCUCUUGACUGUAGACUUUGACAAUGACAUGCGUACCUCCUCAAGAGCAUUCUUGACUUGGAUAGGCAUUGUGGAAGGGUUUUUCUUCACUAAUGACAGAACUCUGCGGACAUUCACGUUGUCAGCCAUUUGUAUAGUCACUUAUGAGCCACCAAAAAUGGUUGCGGAUGUACAAAAAUGUCUGUAAUUCCCAAAUGUUUAAUGUCACACUUUUUUCAAAUUAAAGCUGUCUUCACUUCUCUCACAUCUUGAGUGUUUCAUUUCACUUCAAUGUGGUGGCAUACAGAGGCCAAAUGCCAAAAAACAUGUACUUGUCCAAAAAUAUAUGGACCAAGUUGUAGAUGCUGUGGCCUGUUGGCAGGUCUUGUGGCUGCAUUACUUUGUGAAUCAGAGGCCGGCACGUUAGAGUUCCCUUAUAAGAUUACCUGACUAAGCCUCAGCUGGCGAAACUGGCUUUUUUGUGUGUGUGUGUGUGUGCGUGUGUGACUGAGUGUGUAAAAAGACAGUGAGAUGACGAUGAUUAAGAUGAAAAUGAUGCAGUUGAGAAAAGAACUGUACUGUAAACAAAGGGUUAAGUUUUAAGUGAAUCAACUCCAGAACAAACAAUAAAUGUGAUUUCAAUUUCAGACACUGAA